AUGAUAUCUCGUAUUUACCACUGCACUCUGCACUGUCGCUAUCAGGGCAACGAUAGGCAUGCCCUUCUACCAUACUUUCUAUCUGGCCGGUGGAGAGAACAUGUACGUCGGAAGACAUGCAGGUACAAGUAUCGCUCUCUUUGCAUUUCUUAUGCUACAGUACUGUCUGGCCUCUUGCCAUUGGUAUAUGGCCGAGGCGGCCUCGUUGUGAAUCCGAAGAAUACAGGUGCUCAACAUGCAGCCUCCAUACCGGUCGACAUCUCGAACCUUACCAACAACCGCGCCUUCGCAAUGCGACCUGGGGACGCUGACUCUGAUGGCGUACACUCGGGCUAUCCAGCACACUAUCUACCAGAUCCAAACUUCUCCUACUCUGGCGUCGACUACAUCUUUCCACAGUAUAAGGAAUCCGGCAACGAUAACGUCCUCGCUCAAGCUCAGAUUAUUAAUCCUCCCGCCGGCAGAUACUUCAGCAUACACAUGCUUGCAGCAGCCGAGACCGCCAUCGCGACUGGAACGGUCAAUGUCACAUAUACGGACAACAGCACGGACUCAGGACCCGUUCUCGUCGACCCAUUCUGGGCUUGGCCGUAUCCUUACGGUGGCGACAUUAUCUUCCCAUACUAUCUUGCCAACAGCAGCAUCGACUGCAAUCGAUCCAUGCUAUGCCAGACCAUCAACUGGCUAGACUCUACCAAGCAAGUCGCGAGCGUCCAACUGCCGAACGUCACCAGAGGUGCAGCCAACGGACCUGGUGCUGCUGCCCAAAACACAAGGCUUCACAUCUUCGCAGUCUCAAUGGUACCCGCGACAGGCACAGGCAUCGAGCUAGAAGCACAGCUUGCCCGUAGCACCAACUUGUGGUUCGAGGGCACCAACAAGACUCAAAUUGUGGAAGUUCGUGUGAACAACGUCGGAAGUCAAUGGAUCUUGGCAAACGACACGGUCAAGGUCACCGUCUCCGCAGAAGGUCUCGAGACCGUCAUCCCGGGCGUCAUCAACAGACUGCGACCUGGUGAUCAAGCGAUCGUUCAAGUUGGCGUGGAUGCCGCUGCCGACGUCCAGCCUGGAUCUGCAGCUGAAGCAUCGGUGCAGCUCAGCGGCGCUGGCCUUCAGACCAGUUCGACGUUCAACGCUACGCGAGGCAUUAUGGACUACGACGCUAGUUACGACAGCAUAUAUGCCCACGAGAGCCCGCCAUGGUUCACCAACGGCAAAUUCGGCAUCUUCAUCCACUGGGGAGUAUACUCUGUACCUGGCUGGGGUAACGUUGGCAAUAAAGAACAGUAUGCUGAGUGGUACUGGUGGUACAUGAAUCAAGGCAAGAACCGCACGCAAGGUCACUUCUACGAAUACAAUUUGGAGACCUAUGGCCCUGAGCACGUCUACGACGACUUCAUCCAGAACUUCACAACUGAUGCGUUCGAGCCUAAGGACUGGGUGGACCUCUUCGCGGAUUCGGGUGCUCAGUACUUUGUGCAGGUCUCGAAGCAUCAUGAAGGAUACGCCCUCUUCGAUAUUCCAUCAACCGUCACAAAUCGUACGAGUGUGGCACAAUUCCCACACAAAAACUUGCUGCAGAUGCUCUUCGACGCUGCCGACCAGUACCAGCCGCAUCUCCACAAGGCAACAUACUUCUCCCUCCCCGAAUGGUUCCACCCGGAUUACAAACCCUUCGGCUUCGGCGAGUGGCCAGGCGGCAACGCCACCAACCCCUACACCAACGAAACCCUUCCCUACACCGGCUACGUCCCCGUCGACGACUUCGUCUCCGACCCGAUCCUCCCCGAAAUGCUCAUCCUCGCCGACAUGGGGACCGAGAUAAUGUGGUGCGACAUCGGCGGGCCUAACCUCACAGCCCAGUUCGCAGCGCAAUACUUCAACGACGCCGCGAGGGAAGGAAAGCAAGUCCUGAUCAACAAUCGCUGCGGGUUACCGGGUGACUUUGACACGCCGGAGUAUGCGCGCUAUGAAGCGGUUCAGGUCAGGAAGUGGGAGAGUAGUCUGGGCAUGGAUCCUUUUAGUUAUGGAUACAACCGCGCAACACCAGAUGACGCAUACCUCAAACCUAUCGAUAUUGUUCGCAGUCUCGUCGACCUCGUACCGAAAAACGGGAACUUCCUGCUCGACGUCGGACCAACAGCCAACGGCACCAUCAUCGAAAUCGAACAGCGCUACCUCCGCGAUGCUGGGAAGUGGAUCCAUGAGCACGGCGAAGCAAUCUUCAACACGACGUACUGGUUCAUCACGCCAGAGGAGGGCGAGAACCUUCGCUUCACGCAGAACGGCAAUGCAUUCUACAUUCACUCAAUGUACCCACCCAACGGCACGCUAGUGAUCGACUCCCCAGUCCCCUACAUCGACGGAGACCAGAUCGUGGGAGUUGGCGGUAACAUGAGCGGAACAGUCGUGCCGAGCAAAAUGUUGAGCAACGGAAGUCUGGAGAUCACGGUUGAUGAGGCUGUGGUAAUGGCGGAUCGGUAUACUUGGGGUUUCAAGAUUCCAUAUGGAGGGGUUGACGCUGAUAUGGGUAGUGGGAAUGGCACGGAUUCGAUGAGUGCUGGUGCUGGGUCUCCUGCGCAGCAGACUGGAGCAGGCUUUGGGAAGGCUUCUUCGCCGGCUGUGUGGACUGUCUUGGGCUUGGGUGUUGUGGGUGUUGUGUUGUGCUGGUGCUAG